AUGCCAACGGGCAACGCCAACUAUGCUCCAAAAGGUGGCGCCAUAAAGGACUGUGGGGGAGAUACCAGUUCAAACGACGCCAAAGCUUGUUGGGACUAUUAUGACUCUGAGGUAGUUAGGUCUGGUGGCACUGAUUCCAAAAGCGGCGGUGCCUUUUGUUGGUCGGGCGAUAUUGGUGAGGACGGUCAUGGCGUACAUGACACCGAAAUCCAUGGUGGGCGGCGCCACAUGAAAGAGGCUAACGCUGGAGGUGAUGCCUGUGACAAGGAGGUUAAGGGCUACGUCAGUGCCUACUUAGGGGCACAGGACGACAUCGUGGGAGACGCAUAUAUAUUUGACGCCAGUGGCCUAGCUAAGGGUGGUACAAGUGACUGCUUAGGCUCGUUGGGUGACACCGUCAAAGAGUUUGGUGACGCCGUUAGAGGCGCGGGCGCACUAGGUGGCACUGCCGGAGAUACUGGGAAAUUGCGAGAUGACGCUAUCUGUUGUGCCCACUCUGAUAAAGACAUGGCAAGACGGGCCUUCCCACGGGAAGAGGGAUGA